GAGCUCCACAUGAAAGUAUGAUGACGACAUGAGCAGCCGCUCGACUUCAACCACAUAGCAACAACCACUUUCCUCCAGUAUUCAUUCAACUAUAUCAUAUCUCAAUUUCAUCAUGUCUCCAAUCCGUAUCGGUCUCAUCGGUCUUUCCACCAACUCGCAGGGCACAAGCUGGGCCAGCGCUGCUCAUCUCCCUUACCUUCUGUCCGAGCAGGGUAAGGCGCACUACGAGAUCAAGGCUCUUUGUAACUCAUCUGUCGAGAGCGCAAGGAAGUCUAUCGAGCAUUACAAGCUCCCUGGCGAGGUUAAAGCCUAUGACUCCGCACAGGAUUUGGCCAAUGACAAGGACAUCGACUUGAUUGUCUGCGUUGUUGGUGUCGAGAGGCACUACGAGCUGUUGAAGCCCGCAGUCGAAGCUGGCAAGAACAUCUACACUGAGCUUCCUCUUGCUUCCAACAUGGAGCAAAUUAGAGAGUUGGUUUCUUUGGCCGAGAAGCAGGGAUCAAAAACCAUGUUCGGAUCCCAAGGCCAGGCUAGUCCUGUUGUCAAGGUCAUCAAGGGAUUGAUUGCCGAUGGCAAGCUCGGCAGGGUUCUGAGCACAUCGCUCAAGGGUAACUUUGGUAUCGCUGGAGGUGACUCUAUCCCUACUGGAUUCAAGUACAUCGUCGUGAGAGAGGCCGGCGGCAACUCCGCCACAAUCUUCUUCUUGCACAGCUUCAACUGCUUGCUCGAGACUUUCGGUGAGCUCGAGGCUUUCAGCUCAGUCAUGGGAAUUGAGCGUCCUCGCAUGAACCUCAUCGAUCUGAAGCAGAACGGCAAGGUGGUGGAGACCAUCGACAAAGACACUCCCGACAACAUUAUGCUUCAAGGUCGCUUCAAAUCAGGCGCCCUCGUCAACUACGAGCUUCGCUCUGCAGCCCAGUUCCCUGGCGAGCCUGGCGUCAGGUGGACCAUUCACGGCGACAAGGGUGAGAUCUUGGUCACAUGCCCCAGCGGAAUGUUCGACAUCAACCAUGAAGGUGUCAAGAUCCAAUUCCACGAUAUGAGCAAGGACAGCGCCGAGACCAUUGACCUGCCCUCGGACUCUCUUGCUGAUCUCAAGCACCCAGCACAAAACGUUGGUAGGCUUUACGAGGCUUACGCCAAGGGAGAGAGCGAUUCCUACUGCGACUGGAAGUUGGCAUUGAGACGCCAUGAGUUGAUCGAGGAGAUGUUCCAGAGAGGUGAUGGCAGCAAGCCCUUCGGCGAGAAGGCGUCGUACGUUACCAAGGAUGGCUCAUCUAGCGGGUCAUCGACCGGUGCUUCAAGUGGCUCAAUUCAAGGCAGUCAAGCCGAGGUUGAUGCUGAUGCUCAAGGCAGCAUUCUUGCUGACAGGGAAGUCAAGCCUAAGGAAAUUACUCGCGAGGCUGGAUCUGGAAACACCCAGACAACAGUUGAGGCCCUGGAAGCCGAGGGCUUUGGUGCUUCUUCGGGCAAGAACGAUCUGAGCAGAAACGGAGGCAACCGCGAUCUGGCUUCGUAAGAGAGAAACUACAGUUUCGAUCACAAUAAAUGAACACGAAUAUACAUGAUCAAUCAAAAGUCAGAUUCACGUAAUUCGAAGAGUCGCUCAUGAAGAUGCAUACUUCAAAAGAACCUACAUUACUCUUUGUCGCCAGC